AUGCCCAAAAAUUAUCGAUCUCGCGGGGAAAUUAUGGAAAAUCUAUUUAUUAUAUUUGAUCCUUCAUUCUUAUCUUACGUGUGGCCUAAAAUUAAAAAUGGUGUGCAUUUGAAUAUUGGACACUAUUGUUGGGAUGAUGUUAGUGUGUUUUUGAAAGAUUUGUCAGAGGGCCGGGCCUGGGCUUAUAGAGCUGCUGAUGCAUCUGGGCGCUACCAAUCCGGUUUGUUUGACGGGAAACGGUUUUGGCUUGGAUCUAAGGAACAGUGUCUCUUAUUGGAUCAAAAUUAUAUGUCAAAAGAUGUAAAUGAAACAUGGGGGGAGUUUUACAGUGGCGACUAUCUCAACACUUUGUUUAGAAAAGAAAGAGAGUUUGGUGGAAAUAUCGAUGAUUGGCACUCGCUGUUACGACGAGACGACUUGAUGCGCAGAGUGGUGUCGGCGGACAAUGACGCGCCCAUCUCGUUAGCGUACACCGUCUUGCAAAUCACUCUCAACAUCACUAAGUUCACUAUGCCUAAGUCCUACGAAAUAACACUCGGCUUAUGCCUACCUCGCUCCUGUACAGGCGAGGACGUUGUGUCAAUAAUAAACUUCUCCAUAAUGCUCAAUGACAAUUUGAGGACCAACCGUACAGUUUCUAGGAGCAUCAAAUUAAAUUCGCUAAGACAUGUUGAAAAGACUUAUAAUAUUAAAAAUGAUAUAGCAGCUGUCUCACUGAUUUUAAUCACUUUAACCCUCGUGAUUGUAGCCAUCAUCGCUACAAUAGUUGAUUUAGAUUUGAUCAAAUUCAAAAGAUACUCGAAAUCAAUAAGCUUUGACCUCGAACAGUACACUGACAAAUCUGAAAAGAACAUAAAACCGAUAGAACCUAAACAUACAAAGUUGGAUGACACAAUAGAUUUUAACGAAUUCAAAAAAGUUAUAACAAAAAAGGUCCAGCCUCCAGUGAUUACGCUGGACGUAAAACCGAUGGAGGCCAAAAGUUGUGUGAGAUGUGGGAAAUAUAAGAAGCAGUGCGCAAAUCCGUUGCAAAUCGACGUUCCUUGUCCGAGGGCCAAAUAUAACUCGAGUUCGAGUUUAACGACGGAGUUUAAAAGGAAAAACAAUAUUUAUAAGAGUCUCCUCUUGAGCUUUUCCCUGAAACAUAGUUGGUUGAGAAUAUUUAAUACGUCAAUGGCUAACAAAGACCUAGCGAUGGUGCAUGUGUUGAAGAUAUUCGCUGUGCUCUGGAUUAUUUUCGUUCACGUCGCGGUUCUUGUUAGUGAUCUUUCAGGGAAAAUAAAAAUUUAUCUGUUUUGUUUCAACCAGUUGGUCCAAAGACGUAACUUGAGCUCCAAGUUCUAUGCGCUUUCCUAUAUAUGGAGUGGUUUGUUCAGCGCUCAACAUUUUUUCUACUUAAAAAGUGGAGACUCCACGGAGGAGCUUGCAAGUAAAGGAGGCGUGUUUGGACAGGCUCUACAGCUAAUAUGCUUUAUUAUAAACAGAGCCAUCAGACUACUCCCGCCGUACGCGUACGCGAUCCUCCUGACGUCGACGCUGUCGCGUGUGUCGCGCGACACGGCCGCGCUGGCGCCGCCGGGCCGCGCCGCCGCCUGCGCCGCGCGCUGGUGGCGCAACCUGCUCUACGUCACCGACCUGUACCCGAAAGACGAACAGUGUAUGCAAAUAUCCUGGUACCUGUCGUGUGAGACCAAGCUGCACAUGGUGGGCGCCUUCCUCUGCCUGCUGCUGGCGGCGGGCCGGCGGCGGCUGCCGGCGGCGCUGGGCCUCGUCCUGGUGCUGGCCUCUUCUGUGUAUGAUGUUAUUACUGCAUAUACAGAUUUCGGAUAUCGUGUACCUGACGCCUUCGCGCUGUACUCCGUACUAAUAAACCGCGGCUGGUCGCGAGUCACGCCGUACCUCACCGGAGUGUUCGCGGGCUGGCUCCUACAUGCCAUGGAUGGAGAAUGUUCAGUGUCUAAACUGACGUCGCGGUGCCUGUGGGGUGCGUCCGCGCUGGCGCUGUGCGCGUCGCUGGCGCUGCGCGCGGGCGCGGGCGUGGGCGCGGGCGCCGCCGUCGCCGGGGCGCAGCUCGCGUGGCCGCUGGCGCUGCUGUGGCCUGUCGUCGCCUGCGCCACCAGGUAUUCUGGCAGCACGCGCGUGCUGCUGUGCAGCCCGGCGGUGGCGGGCGCGAGCCGCGUGUGCUACGGCGCGCUGCUGGGCGCCGGCGCGGCGCGCGCCGCGCUGCUCGCCGCCGACGCCGCGCUCUGCGGCCGCGCCUUCUGUCUGUUGUGUUAUUUCGCGGGCUCCGUCAUACUGACGCUGUUGGUCGCGCUCGGCAUCUCGCUGCUCAUAGAGAUGCCGUGCUGCUGCCUGCUGCGGCGCCUCUCCGACUACACGCACCGA